UGGAGAGUUCGGCUAGCUGUCUAGCCUGUGCCGAUGCUUCCAAGUUCCUGGGCUUUUGCCCGGGUGUGGAGGCAACGCUGACUGCUCAAAGAUGGGUCAUGCCGCUGCUGGUGGGUGGGUGUUUUGUACGGUAUGGAUCGGCUCGAGUAGCUGUUUCCUGCAGGUACGUACACUGGUGCCUGUGCGCUGUAAACCCGAUAUCAGACGGCUAGACAGUCAAAUUUCAGCAUUAUUAUUUACGCUACUAUCCCACUACUGCAAGGAUCCUGAUUGUUGGAAUUACUUGGCGUCACCCUGUCUGUCGCCUUGAGACAGGCUAGCGAAUGGCUGAACGGGCUAAUUGCCAUCUCUCCACCGAAGCUCCGGCUGCAGCAACCUCGGAGC